CACAAACACAGAUCAUCAUCCUCCAUUCCUCAUGUAUAGACAAGGCAAGGCACGAGUUUAGUUCACACACCGAGGUACUCCAUUGCUAGCUCGGAAAGCUAAUUUGUGAUGGGCCGCCACAGCAGCAGCAGCGGCAAGACCGAGGCCGGCGGCGAGCAGUACCGCAAGGAGGAGAAGCAUCACAAGCACAUGGAGAAGCUGGCCAAGCUCGGUGCCGUCGCCGCCGGAGCAUACGCUAGGCACGAGAAGCACGAGGCGAGGAAGGACCCGGAGCAUGCGAGGUCGCACAAGAUGAAGGAGAAGAUCGCCGCCACUGUCGCCGCCGGCAGCGCAGGAUUCGCCAUCCACGAGCACCACAAGAAGAAAGAGGCCAAGAAGCACGCUCGUCAUGCCCACCACCACAGAUACAAUCAUGGAUGCAUAUGCACAUGUAGACCCUAGCUAGUUAUCUUAUAUGUACGGCCGGUUAUAUUCAUUCAUUUCGCUGUAUUGCUGUUUGGUAUGUUUAUUAGUUUUGAUUCAUGCUAGGCCAUUGACGUCGUUGUGGCAUACUAUGUUGGUACAUUCUUGUACAUGUUUGGGCACAUCUCCUCUAAUAAUCUAAAUGUCUUCUUUCGAAA